AUGAUUAAUGAUAAUUUAGAGAGCACUAAUCAUGGGACUAGACCCAAAGUUAGUGUGAAGACUCAUGAGUCGCUUUUCCUUUUAAACUAUUCUGAUAUACCAAAAUUUAAUGAUCAAAGUUCUAAUUUGACCAUCAAACAGUUUAAUAUUUAUGUCUACAUCGAUAUCCCAACUAUUGAUUACUAUAACGACCAAUUAGUCCAUAAUAAACUUUGGAAGUUUAACAAAAAGUUUAAAUUAAGUAAGAUUAAGAAUCUCUUAUUUGACUCAUUUGUUAAUGAAAAUGAUAAUAUUUGGAAUACUUUGGUCGAUAAUAAUACACAAAUAAAUAUUUCAAUAUCUUCUUCAGGUUCAAUAAGAUAUGUGGAAACUAUAAAAUUUCUAAUAGAGAAUACUUAUACAAAAAUUUUCAAAUUGAAUCCAAAUUUUAAUUUCAAUGAUAAUUUAAAUUUCGAUAUAGAGGUAUCCCCAAUUUCAAAAAAAUGGUUUAAUUCUUUCCUAGACAAGCAUCUGAUUAACCAGAAUUUAAUUAAGUUCAUAGAUAUCAUAAAUUAUCAAAAUGUUACAAGGACAAAUCCAACUAAUCCCUUUAAAGAAUACUUUUCAAAACUGAAUUUUAAAUUUAUAACUAAUGGAAAUGAUAAAUCUACCUUUGACACUAUAAGUGUAGUGACAAAUAGCACUGGCGUAAAAGCUUUAUUGACUAUUCUAUCGGAUAGACCGAUCUUUAGUUACAUAUCAGAAGAAUCAGUAGAUUUAUUGAAAAGUUUACAAUAUACAGAUACUAAUUCAGGCACUACUUAUCGAAGAAGAAGUGAUUCUUUAGAUAGUUGUGGUAGUAGUGAAGAUGAUACCUCUUUGAAAAGAGAAUCCUCAUCAAUUAUGUCAUUCCAAAAUAAUCUACUCACUUCAAAUAAAGACAGAUCAGUAAGGAUUAGGUCAUUAUCAAUCAACAGAAAUAUCGGCAAAUCUCAGGUUUUCAACUUCAAUGAUAUGACAGUUCUUCCAAAUCAUAGAUCUGAACUGAAUGAUAUAGAAUAUAAUACCAAUAAUACAGAUUCACAAAGCAUUAACUCAAUGAAGGCUGUUGCAUUCCCUGAGAAAUUUCAAGUGGGGGGUGAUUCUUCUGAGACUGAAUUUGACAAUGAUCUCGAUGAUGAUGACGACGAUGAAGAAGACGAAGAAGAUGACGAAACCUUAGAUAAUGAACAAGGUCUGACUCUUAAUGUCCCUUCGAAGUUAUCUAGGGCUAGCUCACAUGUCGACGUCACUAACAUGCGGCCUACUAAUCCAGUAUCAACUACCAAAAAAAACAGAUUCAGAUCUCUUAGUUUAAUGGAUCCCCCAUACAAGGUCCCAUUUGUUCAAACAAUCAAAAACAAUACCAAUAAUAUCAACCUUUCAAAUUCACAAAUCAUCACACAACCUCAGCCUCAAAGAUUGGACCAACUAGCUUGUCCUAGCAUUUUGACAGAGAAUAAAGAUGAUGACGAGGAUGAUGAAGACGAAAUAUAUAACAUUACUGAUAAUGAAGAAACCAAGAGAGUAACAAAUAUCUACAUCCAUGACGGUGAAUUCGAAGAUGUUAUGCUACAAGCAUCAUCUCCUUAUGCCAGAAGGAAUAAAAAGAGAAGUGCUAUAUCUAAUAGUGUCUCUGUAGAUUCAUCUGCUGGUAACAAUUUAAUUCCGCCAGAAUUUUAUUCAAGGAUUUCAUCUCCUUCAUUAAGUGCGAAUAGCUCUAACACAUCAAUUCACAAUAUGCAAUACGCUACAAUGAGUAAAUUAGACGAUAGUUCUUCACAGAGUAAAUUAUUCGAAAAAAAUUUGAUAACCAAAUCAUUUGAGGAACUUAGAAAACAACCAUCGAUGAAUAGUCUUUUCUCGACUUUGAUCGGUGGUUAUAACAAUGACAUAGCAAACCCUCUAGCUUUGAACUUUAGAUCAAAAACCAGAGAAAGAAACGCAACUCCGCUAUUGUCUUAUAAGGGCACUCAAAUGAGCAGCCCAAUAUAUGACGAAGAGGACUUAAUGAUGUCAGGUUUCGAUGAACAAAAUCCUUUACAUGAACAAUAUACUUUGGACUUAACAGAUUGCUAUCAUAGUAAUAGUGAUGAACAAGAUGAAUACGGGACUACAGAUAUUGAGACACUAACCAGUAAGCGGAAUUCUGUCAUGAGGCUUACUGAUGAUCUAUCCAAUACCACGCAUAUUUUGGAGCAAGAUGAGAAUAAUGGGGAUAGCCAUAGUGACAAAUCUACAAAAAAUAAUCAAUUUGAUUUGAACCUAAAUUUAAAUUUCAAAUUAGAUGUAUAUGACAAAAAACAAAACGAAAGCAUAGAUCCAAACAAGGACAAACCAAGGGAUAGCGAUUCCCAACCAGAAAUUAAGCAUAAAAAGGCAUUUACAAUCGAUCUUUACGGCGAUGAUGAUAUCGAUAAUUCUUAUGCAUGGGUAUUAGGUGGUAAUAUAUAA